AUGGGUAAUGGCUCUGUCCUUGAGGCUGAAUUAUGGGGUAUUCUAUGGGGGCUUACUCUGGCCUGGGACUCUGGCUAUCGUAAUGUUGAGGUGGAAAGUGACUCUUGCGAUGCUGUUUCCUUGCUAAAUAGCCGUACCAUUCCCACUCAUCCAGUCUUAAGCAUCAUAUGUUGUUGCAAGUCAAAGAUCAACAAGGAUUGGCAUUGCUCUAUUAAUCAUAUCUACCGUCAGCAGAAUGUUGCUGCUGAUGCUUUGUCUGCUAGGAGCAUCGAUUUUGGUCCUGGGAUUCAUCUCUUUGAGACAGCUCCUGACUUACUGAAGGAUAUUUUGUAUGCUGAUGCCAUGGGUGUGUCCAGGCAUCGUCUCGUUGCUGCCUAG